GAAGCCAGGCCGCUGAGUGUGAUUAUCGCCCUGUGCUCUAUCUGGGCCUGCGGGCGGCUGGAGCAGCAUCUUUCGGCCAUGGACGCGAAGAGGCAGGUGGUUAACUUCGGCGCGGGACCCGCUAAGCUGCCGCGCUCGGUAUUGCUAGAAGCACAAAAAGAAUUGGUGGACUACAAAGGACUUGGUAUAAGUGUACUUGAAAUGAGCCAUAGGACAUCUGAUUUCUCAAAAAUUAUAAACACAGCUGAAAAUCUCUUACGUGAAUUGCUAAAUAUUCCGGAAAACUACAAAGUCGUCUUCCUCCAAGGGGGUGGGUCUGGUCAGUUCAGUGCUGUUCCACUUAACCUUAUUGGACUGAAAGAAGGAAGAUGUGCAGAUUAUGUGGUUACUGGAGCUUGGUCAGCAAAGGCAGCUAAAGAGGCAGAGAAAUAUGCCAAAGUGAACAUUGUUCAUCCUAAACUUGGAAGUUACACAAAAAUUCCUGACAUAAGCAGCUGGAAUCUCAGACCAGAUGCCUCUUAUGUCUACUACUGUGCUAAUGAGACUGUUCAUGGUGUGGAGUUUGACUUUGUACCUGAUGUCAAAGGAGCAGUCUUGGUGUGUGAUAUGUCAUCAAAUUUCUUGUCCAGACCAGUAGAUGUUUCCAAGUUUGGUGUCAUUUUUGCUGGUGCCCAGAAGAACAUUGGCUGUGCUGGAGUAACUGUGGUAAUCGUGCGCGAGGAUUUGCUGGGGUUUGCACUCGAAGAAUGCCCUAUAGUAUUGGACUAUAAAGUACAAGCAGGAAAUGGCUCAUUAUAUAACACUCCUCCAUGCUACAGUAUCUAUAUCAUGAGUUUGGUCCUGGAAUGGAUAAAGAACAAUGGUGGGGUUCCAGCUAUGGAUAAACAGAGUUCAAUCAAAUCACAAAUGAUUUAUGAAAUUAUUGACAAAUCUAAUGGAUUCUAUGUAUGCCCUGUGGAGAAAAAGAGCCGAAGCAGAAUGAAUGUUCCAUUCCGCAUUGGCAAUAUUAAGGGUGAUGAAGUGUUGGAAAAGAAAUUCCUUGAUAAAGCUGUGGAAUUGAAUAUGAUCUCUCUGAAAGGACAUCGAUCUGUGGGAGGAAUACGUGCUUCUUUAUAUAAUGCUGUGACAAUAGAAGAUGUUCAGAAGCUUGCAACGUUCAUGAGAAGCUUCAUGCAGAUGCAUCAGCAUGAAUGUGCAUGAAUUAGUGCAAUGCUGCACAUAUAUGAAAUAAAACAUAAAGGGUUUGACAUUUAUUGUGAUGCUGCAUACAAUGCACAACUUUAACAAACAAGAAUUUUGUUUUAGUUCAUAGACCUAUUAUAGGUAACUAAAUAAGGAUGAAGGGCCCAGUCUUACAAUAUCUUGAGCACCCUCAACUUCCAUUUAAGUUGAGGACACUCAAUACCUGACAAGAUUGGUCCCUAAAUUUGCAAAGCAAAUAACUUUAUUGGCAAUCUAACGGUGAAUAGUAUUGUAAUCUAUGUAGCUCAGAUUCUGAUUUUAGUUACACUGCUGCAAGCGUUACUAUGGAUUUACACAGAUAUAAUAGUGAUCAUAAGCUAUCUCAGUUGUGUGGAAAAAAAUCUUGUUUUGUUACUCUUAUUUGUAACUGUAAAAAUCAUUUUUUUUUCAAAUUAAUGCCUUGUUCUCACUAAAUUUCAGUAGUGCUUGGUACCAUGUGCUUGGUUCUAUAAACAGAAUUUCAUAAAUACCGUGAACACGCACAUGAGGCUAGAACUAAUGGUAAUUGAAAAUACUUGAUUGGUAUAUCAAAUACAUUCCAAGAAUGCUUCUCCAUCGUCCUUGGGGAAACUGAUGUUGGCAUUUCCUGACUUCAGACCUACUCACAGCAUGAGGAGUCCCACUGACUUUAAUAUAGUGAUAAACAUUAUUGUAGUAAGUGUUUGUAUGGUCAGGCCUUUUAUUUGUGUUAUCAUUUAGAGAUGUAACAAGACACAUACUUGUAUGUAGUAAAAUCAAUGUGUCAGAUGUUUGUUUCUGUGUGCAUUUUAUAUUUGAAACCAGUGUAGGGUAUUUAAUUUUGUGUGUUUUCCCCUCCCCACAAGGACUGCCCUCCUUUUAAUUUAACCCUCUGUUAAACUGGACUUCCGAGUUUUACUCGAUGGAACACCUGAUUACUUCAUCCUCCUCCUCACCGACUGAGCACAAUUCCAUCUUGCUCCCUAGCAGUCCAGAUCACAGGAGCUAAAACAGUUUCUCUUGCCUGAUAUUUCCUCCUUAGUUGCUUCAUUAGCUUCCUUCGUUUUCUGCAUCACGUCAGCCUUCUCUUCUUACAUGUGGGGCUCUGAACAAAUCCAGCUGGUGUAAGUCUUGGCUCCCAUCUUGCUUCCUUCUCUCUGCCAGAGAGAACUGUACCCCUCCCCCACUCACCUACAUGCCUUUAAUCCAUGCUUUCCUGGACACCUAAAACUCCCUCCCUAGCCCAGGUUUCAGGGACCUUCUUUCCACACAUAACUUUUCCUUGAAACUCAUUUGUUCUGCAUAGCCCACAGUCACUAGUCAAUGCCAAUAAAAAUGCCAGCAGCCUUUUGUUGAAACAAAAACAACAAAGGAACAAAUGAUUCUGUUAACACUGUCAUCUGGGAAUCCUAAUGUAAUUGUGUUUUGAUUUUUCUGUCUUGUUCAGACUGUAAGCUUUUUGGGGCAGGAAUAUGUCUUUUGCUUCUUAUAUAGUGCAAAGAACAGCGUUAAAGCUUUAAUAAUCUUAAUGAUGGACCACUUCAUCCCUGUGUAACUUCACUGAAGUCAAUUGAGUUACAUCACUGGUGAAUUAAAUUCCAAUUGAUAGGUAGUAGUUUUAUUGAUAGGUAGCUGUUUUAAAAACUCAUUGUCAAUUUAUUUGUUUAAUUUGUGGAGAAAAUAGUAUAACAGAACACUGA